CUCAUCCUAGUAGUAUGUUGUGAGUGCUAUAGAAAGAGUGUUCACUUUGUUCUUGUCCAUGGAGCUGGACAUGGUGCAUGGUGCUGGUAUAAGUGCUGGAAUUAAUAGUCAAAAUGCUACAACUGUUGGAACAUUGGAGAACUACACAACUCCCUUGACACAACUUAUUCAAUCUUUGUCCCCUGAUGACAAGGUUGUGCUAGUUGGGCACAGUUUGGGGGGACUGAGUGUUACUUAUAUAUUAGAGAAGUUCCCUGAGAAGAUCAUGGCUGGGGUUUAUUUAGCAGCUGUGAUGCUACCUUCGGGCCCAGAGGGCGGUGCCAUUUUUUCACAGAUUGUUGCAAAUUUAAUAGCCAGUGGCAUCAGUUCUUUUGUCAAUGGCUCAACAGCAGCAGCUUAUUUCAAGCUGGAUCAAGUUCAAAAGUACCUCUACAACAUCUCCCCGCUAGAGAAUGUGGAGCUGGCUAAAUCUUUGCUGAAGCCAUGUCCUAUAUUUGAUGGCACUGUGAAUUUUACAAGCACUCGUUAUGGCACUAUUCCUCGUUAUUUUAUCAAAACAUUGAGCAAGGACAAAUUAUUCCUUAGUGCAAAUCAAGAAGAUCUUAUCAGAAGGACUCCACCUAAAGAAGUGCUUAGUAUUGACUCAGAUCACUCGCCAUUCUUUUCAAAGCAUGACCAGCUUGUCCGCCAACUUUUAGAAAUUGCUAAAGGGUUAUAACAAAGAAUUAGGGGACAUGUUUAAUCUAUUUUCAUUUGUAACAUUGAAAAACUCCAUAUUGUUGUUGCUCACACCAUAGGUGGCACUUCCAGAAGGGUUAUAAAAUUGACAAAAUUCCAAAA